AUGGCUGUUGUGAAUCAACUAAGAAAGUACAGGGAGAAAGUUGAUGAUGUGCGUGUGGUAGAAAAGAUUCUUUGCUCUUUAGCACCCAAAUUUGAUUAUGUGGUGUGUGCUAUUGAGGAGCCUAAAGAUUUAGACUCUAUGACAGUAGAGCAAUUGGAAGGUUCUCUACAAGCCCGCAAAGAAAAAAUGAAAAGAAGAAAAAAAGAGCCAUUAGAGCAACUUCUUAAAACUCAAGCAUCCUUUAAAAAUUUUGGAGGUGAAAAAAGUUACAGAGGAAAUGAACAAUGGCGAGACCAUGGCUGCCGUGGAGGUCGUGGAAGAGCAAAGAGUUAUGUCAACAAAUUCAAAAAUGAAGAUAAAAAUCACCAAACAUUCAGAGGUCGUGGUCGUGGACAACGAAGAGGAAGAGGACGUGGAGCUUAUCAAGGUACCAAUGAAAUGAGGUAUGACAAAUCCAAAAUUGAGUGCUACAACUGUCAUAAAUUUGGACAUUACUCUUGGGAAUGUCGUAGUAAUGUUAAAGAAAAAGUUAACCUUGUUGAGAACAACAAAAAAAAAGAUGAGUCAACAUUGUUAAUGGCACUCACAAAAGAUUAUACAAAUGAUUACAAUUCAUGGUAUCUUGAUAAUGGAGCAAGUAAUCAUAUGUGUGGAUACGAAGACAAGUUUGUGGAGAUCAAGAAGACGCCAGGAGGUAAUGUAUCUUUUGGAGAUACCUCAAAGAUUCAAAUUGAAGGAAUAGGUACGAUUUUGAUAUCCUGUAAAAAUGGUGAUCACAAAUUGAUCAAUGAGAUUUACUAG